AUGAAUGACAACAACGAAAAAUCAAAUUUUAUUAUUUCGAAUGAUAAUGAAAAUCUUCAUAAAGAAAAAUAUAAAAGUGAAAGUGAAUCUACUUUCGUAUUUGAAAAAAAUAAACAAAAAAAGAAUAUGUAUGAUGAUUAUGAAAAAAAUAAAUAUUCCAAUUAUUCAAAUUUUAAAAAUUAUGUAAAUAGAAAUAUUACAACAAAGGAUAGUACACUUAAUAAUAGAUCAAAUAUAUGUGUAAAUGUAAAUCAAAAUGCAUAUAAAAAAUACUUACAUGGUGAAAUAAAUAAGAAAAAUGUUAGAAAUGAAAGUUUAAAAAAUAGUUAUAUGAAGUCAAAUUUUUAUAAUUAUAAUAAUUUAAUGAAAAACACAAAAAAAGUAAAUCAAAAUGCUUAUUCUGAAGAUCAAAAAAUUAAAAAAAAAAAAAGAAAAAGAAAUAAUAACAAUAGUAAUAAUAAUAAUAGCAGUAAUAAUAAUAAUAAUAAUAACGAUGAUCAUAUUAUAAAUAACUACAAUAAUAAUAAUAUUACAAAUAGUAAUAACAGUAAUAAUAAUAAUAAUAAUAAUCAUAACAAUUUUAAUAACAAUGACAAUAUUAAUAGUAAUUUUAAUAAUACUAACAUGAGUAACGAAAAUUAUAUAAAUUCGAAUUAUAAUUUUAAUAGUUAUAGCAAAAAAGAAAAUUAUAGUAAUAAGGGAAGUAGAAAUAUCAACAACCUACAAAAAAAUGAUACAAAAAAUAUGAACAAAAAUAAGAAAAAUAGGAAGAACAUUAUAGAAAAUAAAACAAAUGAAUCCAAUUUUAAUUUAUCUAAUUCAAUAAAAGAUAAUGAUAAUUUUUAUAAUAUAAACAAAAAUAUCAAUAAUACUAAGAACAAUUUUUUUUCUAACGAAGAUAAUAAUUGUAACAAAUCAAACCAAAAUAACAAAAACAAUAAAUAUACAUAUAAUAAUAACUUAACUUAUAAAAAGAAAUUUAAUAAAAUAACUCUUUCAAAUAAGAGUAAUGUUGAAAAUUCUACUAGUGUAAAAAAUAGUAGGUUUCCACAUUUAAUUUUUAUGAAAAAUUCUAAAAACACAGAAGAAGAAAUGAUAGAAACAAAAAAUAGAAAUAAGGAAUAUAAAAAAUUUGAAAUUAAGAAUAUGCCUGUAAAUAAAAUUGUUUCGGAUAAUUGUGAAAAUAAAAAAAAUAAUUUAAGUAAUAUUUAUAAUUAUAAUAUAAUGACAUCAAACGACAACGAUAAUGAUAAUAAUAAUAAUAAUAAUAAUAAUAAUAAUAAUAAUAAUUACACUUUUAGUAGCGAGAAAAAUUGUUUAAAUGAAACGAAUAACUAUUAUGGUAAUAAUAAUAAAAAUAAAGAAAUUUCAAGUAAUAACAAACUUAAUAAUAAUUUUAAUAUAAAUAUUCACAAGAAGAAUAUAUUGAAUAGAAACAUCAAAAAAGUAUUUUGUGAAAAUAAUAUAAAAGGUAGUAAGAUGUAUAAUGAUGAUAUGGAAGUUAAUAACAAUAAUAGUUUCAGUAGAAAUAAAAGUGAUGCAAUUAAUAAUUUGAAAAUUGUGAAUAAUACUAAUAUUAAUAAUGAUAAUAAUAACAGUAAUGAUUUGGUGGCAAAUUUAAACAAUUUUUCUUAUAGAGAUAAUAAUUCAGAUUCAUUUAAAGAUGAAACAUUAUAUACUGAAAAUAAUAAUUCAAAUAUCAUAAAAAUGUUAUCUAAAUAUUUAAACAAUAUAAACAGUAAGGGUGUAAAUGAUUUGAGUAUGAUGCAUAAUGAGAUAUUCGCAAAUAAAAAUUAUGAAACAUUAAGAAACAUUCUUAAUACCAGGAAGAAUUCUGAUAAUUCAUCUAAAAUGAAUUAUCUUUCUAAUGAAUAUUCUAAGGAAAAUCAAAAAGAAAAUAAUAUCAUAAGUAAAGAAUGUUUUAAUCAGGGUUUUAAAAUUAAUAAUAAGCAAUUUAUGGAGAAUAGUAAUACGCGAACUGCUAAUAAUUUCAAUAUUUGUAUUGAUAAAAAUGAAUAUUCAAAUAAUAUGAAUUAUAAUUUAGGUAACAAAAGAAAUAUGAAUAUUUUAGAAGAACAAACUAUUUUCAACAAUAACCACAAUAUAUGUAAAGAUACUAAUGAAAAUAACAUGAUCAUAAAUACUAAGCGAAAUUUAGAAAAGGUUGAAAACAAGAUAAUAAAUAGAUCACAUAAUUCUCAUUAUAAUACAAUAGAUAAAAAUAUACCAAUAAAUAAAAUGAGUAAUAUUUGUAAGUUUAAAGAAAACAUAUGUGAAGAAAAUAAUAAGAAAAAUAAAACUGAAAAUAAAACGAAGAGUGAAAUAUGUAGUUAUUCUAAAAAAAGUGAAGAAAUAAAAGAAAAAUGGAGUAAAAUAAUUCUAAAAUGUAAAAACAUGAACAUAUUAAAUAACUUCAAUAAAAUAGACACAAUAAAAGAUAGUAUACAUAUUGUUGAUAUUUUUAAAAUAUCUCUGUUUAAUGACGCUAGUUAUUAUCUUCGUAAAAAUAUUUUCUAUAACAAUUAUAAAAAUAUAUCAAUACAUAACAAAAAAUUUUUAUUUUUAGAAAAUAUGUUUAAAUUUAAUAAAAUAAAAGAUAAAAGUGAACUAACUGUAGAAGAAUUACCAAUAAAUUUUAAGAAUUUUUUGUAUUUUUUUAAUAAUUUUUAUCAAAUUACAGAGAAUUAUAGAAAUAAAAUAUGUUUUUUUCUCUUAUAUAAAAUUAUAAUUAUGAACGAAGAUGAUGAAGAAUAUGGAAACUAUUAUAAUUUAACUUUAAAAAUAUUAAAUAAAAAUACGCUUAUUCUUUUUUUGUUUUUGUUAAUUAAUCUAAUGAAAAAUUAUUCCUUAAAGAAGACUUAUUUCGUAAACUUAAUAGAAAGGUUAUUACCAAUUAUAACAAAAAAUGAAAAAACAACAAAAAAAAAUAAAAAUAAAACAUUUUUUAAUAUUUUAUAUUUUAAAUUAUUUCGCAUAAUUUUUGACAAAAUUGAAAGUUUUCAAAAUCACAAAAAGCAUUUGUUAUUGUUAUUUUUAAGAUAUAUAAAAAAUUUCUUAUUAAAUAUAUGCUCUUCAUUUUUAAUUACACAAUAUAUAUUUAUUAAAUGUAUUGAUUUAAUGAAUAAAUAUAAUAACCAAAAAUAUAUUUUAAUUAAAACUUUAUCAAUGGAAAUAUUCUUGCAGCUGUGGAAUAAUGAAUCCCUAAAGUUAUAUAUUUUAAAAAUAGGUAAACCAUUAAUUCGUUUUUUAAUUUUUAUAAGCAAUAUUGAAUAUAUAAAUAAGAAUAUUUUAUCAUUUAUUUUAUCUCCAAUUGAAAAUUCUAAUCAGUUGGAGAUUAAAAGAAAUUUAUCCAAUUAUUUCUACAAUAAUAAAUUUUAUAUACUAAAAAGAAAAAAACUAAAACAUUACUUAAGGAAGUUUAAAGAAAGAAAUAAAUAUUCUCUAUUUUUAUCAAUUAAUGAUUCUAUUAAAAAUGUGGAAGAAAUACAUCUAGAAAAUUUAGAUAAUCAUAAAGAAAAUGAAACUAAUAAUAUUAACAUAGAUGUAAAUAAGGCAAAAAUCAAUAUUGAUACACUAUUGGAUUGCAUUUUUGAAAUAAAAAAUGGUUACAACUAUUUCAAAAUAUUAUUGACUCAUGAAGAAAAAAAAUAUCUAAAUUUUUUAAUUAAUAUGAAUAAUCAAAAUAAUAAUUUUCAUUUUAAUUUAUUUUAUAAUUUGUUUAUACAAAAUAACCUUCUAAAUUUAAUUCAUGAAAAUAAAUUGAUAUACUAUAUUGAAUAUAUAAAAAAUAAUAUUUUAAAAAAAGAAAAAGCAGUAAAUUUUUUUAAAGAAAACAUAAAAAUACAUGGUUUAAAAAGUUUAAAUGAAAAUCUUAUAUAUGAAAACAUUGAAAGAAAUAAUAAAAGAAAAAAUGAGUUUUUAACAAAUGAUGAAUGUUCAAAAAAAAUGAAAAAUAAUGAAACCAAAAAUGUAAGGAAUGAAAAUGAUAUUAUUAACUAUGAUAAAAUUUUAAAUAAUUACUAUGAAGAUAAUGGUAAUGAUUGUACCUAUUUAAAGGAAAAAAUCAUGUAUGAUAUACAUGAAAUAAUUAAAAUAAGUAACUGUGUUUUAUCUAAAAUAUAUUGCUCUCAUAUAAAAUUAAGUUUUUUUUUUAAUAUAUUUUUUUAUAAAACUUAUGAUAUUUAUAAAAUUUUAUCAAGUUCCUUAUCAGUUUAUAGUAGAAAAUUUAAGAAUUUUAGAAAAGAAAAUCAAAAAAUUAUAAGAUUUAUGAAUCUAAAUAAUAUAACUCAUUUCUUAACAGUCAAAUUUUUGCUAAAAUUGUUAAAUGAAAUAAAAAGUGUAAAUUAUAAUAUAUUUUUUCUAAAGAAAGAAAAAAAAAAAAAAAAAAGAGAAACUUCUUUGGAUUUUUAUUCUUGUUAUAAAUUUUUAGAAUAUGCAUUAAAAAAGGAUAUUAAUAUGGUUAAUAUAUUUUUAAAUUAUUUGAAUAAAAUAAUUUUACAUCUUUAUGAAAAAAAAAGAGAAAAUAUAGUUUUAAGCGUUAUAAUAACAUUCACUAUUUAUAAUUUUUUAACAUUUAUUGAUAAAAAAAGUAAUAUCAUUGAAGACUUAGAAUUACUGAAUUUAAGUGAUAUAAGUAAUUAUAUUCAUAAGCACUGUUUAAUAGGAUUAUUAUUAAAAGAAAAUAAUUUUUAUAUUGAUAAUGAAAUAGAAUAUAUUAAUAUUGAUGAUGUAUAUAAUUAUGAAUUAAAAAAUCAUUUGAAAUAUAUACCUAGAAAUAUUAACAAAGAAAUUUUUGAAUUAGUUAAUUUUAAAAAAUUUGUAUUUCAAAAAGGAAACUAUAAAAAAAUAGAAAUUAUAAAAAUACUUAAAAAAAAUAUGGUGAACAACCUAUACACAUCAGAAAUAUUGAAUUAUAUAUAUUACAGUAGUUUAUAUUUAUUGAUUCAUUUAAUUUUUAAUAUACGAUUUUAUUAUAAUAUUCUUCAUAAAACGUAUAAAAAAAAUGCGUAUUAUUUUAAUAAUGAAAGUUGCUAUAUUUUAAAGAAUAGAUAUAUUUUUAAAACAACUAGGAAUAUAAAUAAUUAUAAUAAUCUUAUAACAGAAAAAAAAAAGAGUUGUUUUAACGGAGAAAAUAAUGAUGAUAAGUUCUUAAUUUUUUUGAAAUUUAAAAAGGAAAACUAUGAAAACUAUUUAAAAAAAAAAAUAUAUAUAAUAAAAUUUUAUAGUAAAAUAAAAAGAAGUAUAAUUAAAAAUUUUAAAUGUUCUUUAUUAGCUAAUAAUGUAAAUAAAUAUAUUAAAAAUUUGAAUCAUGAUAAAAUAUUUUUAGAUAUAAUAUUUAAAUUUGAUAAUUCAUCCUUUUUUAUGUACAAUUUUAAUUUAGAAUUAUAUGAAAGCAAAAAUUAUCAAAAUGAAUUUAAGGAAAAAUUUUAUGAAAUAGAGGAAAGAGAAUGUAAUAGUUUACAUCCAAAAGAUAACAUAAAAAAAAAAUUUGAAAAUGAGGAAGACAAUCAGGAACAAACGUGUAAAAAAAUAGAAAAUGAUAAAUAUGAUUUAUUUAAUGAUAAUAACUAUAAUUUAAAUUUUUUGAAAAAAAUAAAGAACAUAUAUUACUUUGUUGAAGAAAUAAAUAAAAUAAUAUUCUACAUGAUUCACAAUGAAAAAACUGUUUAUAGUACUAUUGAAUGCUUAAUUGAAAAUUCAAAAUCUAUUAAUGAAAAUAAUUUUUGUAUGGAAUUUCAUUUUUAUGAAAUUGAUAACGAUGCAAAUAAUACAGAAAAAGAAAAUAUAGAUUAUAAAAAAACAUUCAAUGGAAAAGAUAAUAGUAAUUAUUUGAGUGAAAUAAUUAUAAAUGAUAACAAAAAUGAUAAUGUAAGUCAUGUAAAUAACUUAAAUAAGUAUAAAUUUUUAAGUAAUCAAAAUACAAGAGAAAAGUAUAAAGGUAUUUUAUGUGUUUUUAAGUAUAGCAAUAAAAAAGAUAGUUCUAUUAUUUAUAUUAAUGAAUUAUUAGAUUAUAUUAUCUGUACAAUUAUAAAAACAAAUUACAAAAAAGAGAAAAUUCUGUAUUGGUCAGAAUUUUUUUAUAAUGCUAAAAACUUUGGAUUAAUUAAUUUCCACAUUUUCUUUUAUUUAUGUUCUUUAAUUAAAAGUUUGAGUAAAUGUGAUGAUAAUUAUAAUAUAAUCAAAAUAAAAGUAAAAAUUUGUGAAAAAUUGUAUUUUUUAUAUUUAUUUAAAAUAUGCUUUCUUUUAAAUAUUAGUAUAUAUGAAACAUUUGACUUUUUAAUUUCAUCCAUAAGUAUUUUACUUAAUCACGAAUUUUUUAAAUUUUAUUUGAAUAAAAAAAUUUACAGUAUAGAAAAAGAAAAACAAAAUAUGAUUAGAACAUUUUUAAAUUUUAUUGAGAAAGAAUUAGAAUAUUCUAUUCAUAAUUAUGAUCAAUCAUUAUUUAUGGAUAGCAUUAAAUAUAUAAGUGAUUCUAUUUUUUUAAAAAAAAGUAUAAAAUUGUUAGUUUUUAAGAGUUAUUGUUUUAUUAACAUUAUUUUACAUACCUUGCCUUUAAAGAAUAUUAUAAUUGAUAUGAACAAUAUAAAAUAUUUAGAAUUUUCAAAAAAAAAAAAAAAUGUGGAUGAGUUUUUAGAAAAAUAUAAACUAAAUCAUUCAAAUAUAAAAGAUGACAAAGCAAAAAGCGUAGAAUUAAUAAAUAUUGACGAAUUAAAUGAAAAUAUAUAUGGCUAUAAUAAAUGUAAAUUUGAAGAAACAAGCCUUAAUGAUAAAUUAAAUAUAUCAAACCAAGCUAAUGGAAAUGAAAUAAAUAGCGAAAAAAGUGAAAGAAAAAUAGAGAAGCAAAUUUCCCAUAAUAUAACAAAUGAAAUUGAAAUAAUCGAUACAUAUGUAAAAGAAGUAAGUGAUAAUGAUGAAUAUUUUAAUACAUCAAAUCACUCGGAAAAAUUUAGUGCAUCAUCUACUGAAACGGAAAAAAUUUAUGAUCAUUUGGAAAACUUUAAAAGUCAGGAAAAAAACAAAAUAAAUUUAAUUAAUGAACAUGUAAGGAAAAAAAAAAAAAAAUUGUGGAUUUUUAAAAUUUUAAAAUUUUUUUAUUAUAGAUCAUUUUUAUGUUUUACAAAAAAUAAAUCAGAUGAAGAACAUUUUUACGAAAGAAGAAAAAAUUUUAUUUAUUUUUUUUUCCCAAAAAUUUUCAUAAAAGGAAAAGAAAAUUCCAUUGGAAUUAAUAAUCAACUUCAUAAAUUAAUUAAAAAAUUGAUAAAAGAUUGUAAUUUCUUAAAUAUAUGUAAGCAGGCUUUUUUGUUAAAAUGGUUAUGUCUUAGAAUAUUUAUUUUACAGAAAUAUAAAUAUAAAACUUUUAAUUCCUCUGAAAUUUUUCUGUUUAUAUAUAAAAAACUAAAUUCAAUUGAAAAUGAAGAAUAUUUUAAUUUCAAUAUUAUGUCAGAUACUUCCUUAAUUUUUUCUGAUAACAUAGAUACUAAAUACACAUUUAAUAUUUUUAUUUCUUACAUUCCUAAACAAAUUCUUGAUCUUAUUAAAAAAUAUUAUAAAUCAUAUAGAGAAGAAAAUAAAAAAAAUUAUCAACUAAAUGUUUUGGAUGAUGAAAAAAAGGGAGAAGUGUUAUUUAAUCAGAUAAAUGUUUAUUUGGUUUAUUUUAUAAUAUCUUUUUAUCCUUAUUUUAUGCAUUCACUUUUUCCUUACGAUGUAUUUUUUAAAUUAUUUAAAAUAUAUUUCAACUUAUAUUUAAUUAAUAAAAAAACCAAUACACAUUCAAUAAAUUCACCUAUAUAUUUAAUACUUUUAAUACUUGUAAGACAUAUGCAUUUAAGUAAGUAUUUAAUUUUUUCUUAUUUUUCUACCUUAAAAAAUUAUUUAAAGACAAGCGAUUUAUCAAAUAUAUUUCUAUUGGACACAUUAACUUAUGAUAAUGUAGUGUUAUAUUUAAGGGAAAGCGUAGAAUAUUUUUUGCAAAAUAAUAAAAAAGAAGAAUUUAUAUUUGACGACUUAAAAAUUACUUAUAGUACAAAUUCUAUUUUGUUGUUCUACCAUAUGUUAAUUAGUAACUUUUAUUAA